CGCAACCACCCACCCAGUCAGUCACCUCAAGUGCGACCGGCCGGCAGGAGCGGAGGCAAACAGACAGAUCCCAGAAGCCAAGCAGAUCCUGUCGCGGGAUUUUGGCUCAGCAUAGAGACACCAGAGCAGAAAAGGAGAAUGGGACGCCGCAGCUUGGAUCAGGACUGAGUCUGGACGGCACAUUGAGAGCCCCUCCGACCUGUUUCCAAGUCCUUUUUCUCUCGGAUCAGAGUCACGUUUUCACCGCUGACACAAUGGGCUGCUGCAGCGGACGAUGCACACUUAUCUUUAUCUGCACUUUACAGUUGGUAUUGGCUUUAGAAAGACAGGUGUUUGACUUCCUGGGUUACCAAUGGGCCCCAAUCCUCGCCAACUUCUUCCACAUCAUCAUUGUCAUCCUCGGCCUCUUCGGCACCAUCCAGUACCGACCACGCUACAUUGUGGUGUAUACAGUAUGGGCCGCUCUGUGGGUGGCCUGGAACGUCUUCAUCAUCUGUUUCUACCUGGACGUAGGAGGCCUGUCCAAGGACAGCGACCUGCUGACAUUUAACAUCUCCGCCCAUCACUCUUGGUGGAGCGAACACGGGCCGGGCUGCGUUAGGAGAGAGAUGCCGCAGGCUCCAGGGGUCCGCACCACAGAGAGCCACUCCUACAUCACUGUCAUGGGCUGCCUCAUGGACUACCAGUACAUCGAGGUUGUGCAUAGCGGCACGCAGAUUCUCGUUGCUCUCCUGGGCUUCGUGUACGCCUGUUAUGUUGUCAGCGCCAUCACUGAGGAGGAGGACAGCUUUGAUUUUAUUGGUGGAUUUGACCCAUUCCCACUCUACCAUGUCAAUGAGAAACCAUCUCAUCUCCUCUUAAAGCCCAUGUACCUGUCUACGUAAAUAAGAGAGCGUCCAGCGGGGAGAUGACACAGCAAAUUCCCACGGAGACAAAAUGGCUGUUGUGGCACAAACAUCCCAGUUCAAUGGGGCACGCCAGACAUUCCUCCUCCUCUUGAUUUUUUAAACAUGUCAUUUACUGGUGUACUGCCAGGAAAAGCCACCACUUUUCAGUUAGGGUCCAUUGUUUUCCACAGAGGGCUGUCGGGUUCUGGGAAAGGGGGGUUUACGCUGCAACAAAGCCUCGUAUUGUGUGUUUAGGGAAGUAUCAAUCAUUUUCUUUGUAUGGAGUUCUCUGCUGAGGACCAACUGCCCGUAAUGGUCAAAUAUUGCCCAAGAACAUGCCUGUAUAGAACAUGUAUAUCAUAUAAAUACAUUGUGUGUGUAAUCAGGGACUGCCCCAGCACUCCCAGUCUGUGGUCCUGUGUCUUAGACGACUCAGUGAUUUAGCAUGUUAUUGCUGGUUUGGCUCAGAUCUUGGCUGGAGGGCUGAAUUACAGUGGAGCCCGUGGAAUGAGCUAUUGUGUGCCGCCUGUUUACUUUAGGCCAGGAUCUGUGUGCAUAAAUACACGAGGAAAGCAGGAAGGGGCGGGGGGGGGGGGGGGACUCAAACCUACAGGAGCAUCUGUCAGAAAUAGAAAAUGUAAAUAAUGAAACUAGAGGAGGGAGAUGGUGGUGGUGAGGUAAGAAGUCUGGAUUAAGAGUUUCAUGUGUGAACUAUCAAGAUUGCAAAGAGGUGUUCAAACACAAAGAUGUAAGUCUUACUUUUAUUUCUGGAGUCCUUUUGUUGUGACUAUUUUUCACCAACAGCCAAGUCAGUGUUUCUGAAGUGUCAGGUGUUAAAAGAUGCACUGAAAGCUUUAUUUUCACUUCAGUUCUCCUCUAACUACUGACACGUCGAACCGCUGACAGGGGUGAUCAUUACACAUACUCAAGCCGAGGUCACACAGCAUAUUUUUAACUUCAAGAAAACAAUAGAAGUUGUUUUUACUACUAUCAUAGCAACGUUGAGUUGUGUGGUCUUCAGUGUGGCAGCGUGACCUGUACCUGAGUGAACCAGAGGGCUUGUCUCCCAUCAGUUCAACAGUGUAGAUUCUCAGUUGUGAUAGUCUCAGUUGUGAUUGUUUUAUAGCAUGUUUUUUACAGGGUUUGUAUUGUAAUUAUGUGUAUUACAUAAUCAGUAAUAACAAAACUGAUGUCUUUGACUGGCUGUGUACGAGCUGGUUAAACUGUAGCUGAAAGCGUCUGCUGGGUAGUUUCUUACUCAGAUUUAUUUGGACCCACCAACAAUUUUUAUUUAGGCAAAAGUACACACACUCGGGUCCUAUCUCCUAUACUGAUGGUAGCACUUAUUGUUGUUAAUGUCAGAUGUUUCAGAGCAAAGUCAGAUCCCCUGUUGCCUUACUGCUUGUGCAAAUCACCACUGCUCCCUGGUGUUCAAAGUGUUCAUGUACAAGUUGCAAGGCGACUGAGUUUCUGCCACAGGGUCCAUAAAUCUUCAUGAUUUGUCUUAAAAGUACUUUUUCUGCUGAUAAUAGUAUUUUUACAUUUUUUUGCUGGGUAAUUGUGAUGUAGCAGGAGUCAACGAUUUGCCCUGGUUUCAGUGUUACAGUCAGUCCUUUUCUUGAUCAUUUCGGUCAAGAUCAUUCUAUUUUACUCAUUGAAUUUGAAUCAAGAUCAUUUUCAGUAUGCUAUUUGUCUGAUUACAGCUUUUCUUGCUGCUGAGUUUGAAAUGGUCUCAGCUAUUUUUUACUGGAAUCAAAAGUGUGGUGAACAAAGAAGUUCAUUCAGUUCUUUUUUUUUUUUGUCAGCGCCUAAAAAUAUCCUGCUGCAUGUCAAAUUCCACUGUGAUACUAAAUGUUCUUCACUGCCACAUAGACGGUCCACAAACUGUUGUAAUUCUGAAAAUCAUUUCACCACUUCUGCAGAAUAAGAGUGACCCAGUUUGAUUUGAUUGGUCAUCUUUGGCAAGAUGCAAUAAUUUAUGUCUUUAUGAUUUAUCCUUUACACACUCCUGGCAGGCUAACUGGUGUGUUGGUUAGUAAAAACACAAAGCACCUCAUAUUGUAACAUAAUCAGUAUUAGUUAUAAAUGCUACUAUAUAAAAACUAGUCUUCCUCUCAGUGCAAUACAGCCUCAUCCUUAACCCCUCGGUGACUGAGAUUAGUUGAAACCUGUUAUGGUUGUGUGUGUGUGUGUGUGUAUGUGCUAGUCUUUACUGGAAAAGGUUCCACCUGUUUGUAGAUAUUUCUUUUUCUUUGUAUAGAAAGUGGAAAAGAUCUCUCUUUUUUGUAUCACUCUUCUAUUUUGUGCCCUGUGUUGCCCCAUGUGACCUGGUUGUGUAAUUCUAUUUAUCCAGAACUGUGCUUUGUGUUCAUGUAAAUAGGUGUUUGUUAAUAAAAGAAUGUGCUCUUUUAA